GACACGGUUACGCCACGUGGCCCAUCAGCCGUCAGCUAGAGAUAUACCUCGGCAGAAGGAGUGGCCACACUCUGUCCUGGAAGCCUCCUGUGCUGGUCUCACCGCCUGACGUCACUUCUCCACACACUUGAGGGUUUAUCUACAAUGGCGGCAGUUAAAGGCGUUCAAGUGGCUGGCGCCGUGGACCUGGGUGCCCUUCUCGACGCGGGGGAAGGUGCCGUGGUCACCCUGGUGGCGGGCGAGACGCAGCUUGCGGGCCACCGCGCUGUCCUGGCCGCCAGGAGCCCCGUGUUCCAGGCCAUGUUCCAGCACGACACGCUGGAAGCCAGCAGCGGAAGGGUCAGCAUUACAGACGUGGAGGGUGAAGUGAUGAGGCAGGUGCUGUCCUACAUCUACACCCUGCAGACCCCCCAGCUGUCCGGCACAGCACGACACCUGUUGGCUGCAGCCGACAAGUACGGCCUGUCAGCCCUGAAGGAUGUCUGUGAGCAGCAGGUGGUGGCUCAGCUGACCACUGAGAACGCAGCGGCCGCAGCUGUGCCCGGCAGUGAGGCACUCGUGUCCGAAGCUUACAGCGGCCGCCAUCGCCUUCAUAAAGGCCCACAACUUCCAGGUGUUGGCCACGCAGGGCUGGGCCGACGCCAUGUGCAGCCACCCUCAAGAGCUGAUCGAAGUGAGUCGGCUGCUCGCUGAUCCACCAGCAGAAAUCAGCACACCAGCGACUACAGAGGAGGGGCCCACCACCAGUGCUCAAACACCUGCCACAGCUGCACCAGUCACAUCUUCCCAGCACACCCCUCCACCUGACGCCGCCGCUGUGUCUCGCCUACGGAGCCUUUCUCGUGACGAGAAAGGCAGGAGGCUUAUCCAGGCAGCUCAGGGCGGAAAAACGGAAGAGCUGAGGGCCCUGCUAGCAGCGGGGGCAGACGUGGGGUCGAUGGACGGCGACAGGAGCACUGCCCUGCACUGGGCAGCGUUUAAGGGACACGUGGAAGCGGUGAGCUGUCUACUGGAGAGUGGAGCAGAGGUGGAUGCCCGGAACAUCAAGCUGCACACGCCUCUGCACUCAGCCACAAAUGCUGGCCAUGCGGCUGUGGUGCGGCUGCUUAUGAUGUCCUCUGCUGACGCCAACAUCAGAAAUCUAUGGGGAUAUACGCCGCUGCACUGGGCGGCACAAGAAGGCCACUUACAAGCGGCGACUGUGCUGCUGGAGUUUGGAGCCAACGUGGAGGCCAGGGACGAUGAGGGGAAUACCCCCCGUCAGCUUGCCAGGAAGAACAACCAUCAGCAAUUGGUACAGUUGCUAACAUGAAGCUUCCAGUACCACAGAUGUGUAGAGUGAAACAACAUAACCUUCAGUAUAUUAUUUUUCCUUUCUUUUAAAAUAAAGAAUACAAAAAAUUUA